GUAGUCGAUGAAGGAACGGAAAGAAACAGGAAGAAGAAGACGAAGAAGACGACGACAACGACGGCGAGGAGAUCAGCGUUAUGAUGUCUGCGACCAAGAGACUAGAGAGGGAGCUCAGUGACAUCAUUAAAACUGGGAUCAAGCAUUUCCGCAACAUUCAAGUCGACGAAUCAAAUAUCUUGAUCUGGAAUGGGCUCAUUGUUCCUGAUUGUCCUCCAUAUGACAAAGGAGCGUUUCGCAUUGAGAUCAUCUUCCCUGCCGAGUACCCCUUCAAGCCACCCAAGAUCACCUUCAAGACAAAAAUCUACCAUCCCAAUAUUGACGAGAAGGGUCAGGUCUGCCUGCCUGUCAUCAGUGUAGAGAACUGGAAACCAGCAACAAAAGCCACCCAUGUGAUUGAGUGUCUCAUUACUCUGGUGCUCACCCCCCAGCCCGAGCACCCGCUGAGGGCAGACCUGGCGGAGGAAUACACUAAAGACCACGGUAAAUUCAUGAAGAAUGCUGAGGAGUUCACAAAGAAACACAGUGAAAAGCGACCUGUGGACUAACGUCACAACACUGACACAGCUCUUGGCCUCCUUUCUGUUUCCUGUUGAAAGAGCUCACCCUGACUCUCUGUUCUUAUCUCAAAAACCACACAGAGUUGCCCUGAUCUUGCGUACCUGCAUUGUUUUAGCACUCUGCAACCACAAAUAGAGGAUUGUGUUUCUGUUUCACUUUGCCAAAAAAAGAAUGAGUAAGCAGGACUUUUGGUGAAUAGGCAGGCUCUGGCCUCUAGGUGUCACCUUUUGAUUUGUUGAUGACUUCUUUCUAGAAAAACAAGAAAAUUGUCUGAGGUGGCAUCCUGCGAAGUAAAAUAUCUGGAAUAAUAAAAAUGCUGUUCUUCUUACUUAAAUGUUGAAUGUGUUCUCAGAUUGAUAAUUAGUUUAUGCAGACCUGUUUACAGAUUUUAAAGCUUUGUUUUCAGAAGUUAAAAUUGUGCAGCAUCUAAUGCUUGUUUAUAUCUUUUCUCCCUAUUUGCCUUUUGGUUCUGUCUGUACCCUUUAAAAUCACCUGUUGCAGUACAUGGAAAAGUUUGUUACUGAUUCAGAACUUGUAAAAACGGUUUACCAAAUGCAACGACAUCCAUUUGUCCUUUUUGAAAUGUCUUUGUAUUUUGAAACAUUUGGAGACAGAAAUCCCUUAUAACUAUUAUCCCCCCCCCUCCUCUGUUGGCCACCUAGGAAAUUACACACAGUCAGUGAGCAUUACAUUACUUUUGAUGCAGGUGGGGAAUCGGAUGUUUUUGUUUUGAUGAUAUAACUACUGGAUGUCUGGAUACCAGACAUAGUUCUUAGGGCAAGUCACAGUUACUCUUGUCUCUUAAGGUAUCUUUCGUGACAGAAGUAAGACAAACCCUUUGUAUUAAAACUAUUAUUAACACAGGGUUGAUCUUUUGCACUGUUCAAUGUCAAUUAUUCACACUCACUGACAACAUUGUCAUACCAGGAGCAUUAUAUACAAAGCACUGAUUGGUUGUUGGAAUUGCAAUUGGUUUUCUGUCUGCUGUUAAUGUUUCUGUGAUCAGCAGGUGAACAGCUCUAAUUUAAAAGCUUUCCUCAUCAAUAAUCACAAGUGUCUGACGAAUCCUAGCACAGCACCAGCCCGCUCUCUGCUGUCAACACAUCAACCUGCAGGUGGUUAACGGCGGUCUUCAUUGAAUAAAGAUCUGUGAUGGAUGCUUA